ACAACGUCGAAUUUGUCUGCAGUCGCUGAGGAGAUUGCAAUACUUUUGUUUGGGUGUCUGAAUCGCUGUUACACUUUCAUCAUGAUUCGAAGCGACUUUCUCAGAAUUGACCCUAAGAGACGGGCCAACCUCGACCAUAAGAAGAAGCAGUUCGCUGCACCCACAUUCAAGCAGCAAGACUAUCCGCAUCGUCUGAAUUUCUACGAUGUCCCACCAACGGAGGAGAUCACACUCGAGCAAUUUGAGCAAUGGGCCAUUGACAGAUUAAGAGUAUUGGCUGAAAUUGAGGCCUGCUCUUAUCGAAACAAGUCCGCGGCGGAGACAGAGACGCAUCUUACACCUCUCCUCCAAAAAUACCUCCCUUUAUCAUCCAACACAUCCUCCUCCAACGGUGCGGCCGAUCAGCGACUUAAAAAUGAGCGCCAAAAGGACCAUUAUUCACACUUCAUCCUUCGGCUGGCCUUCUCCGCCACGGAAGACCUUCGCCGGCGUUUCGUGAGAGCAGAAACGAUGCUCUUCAGAUUCCGCUUCCAGCGUGAUGAUACGAGAGAGAAGCGCGCUUUCAUCGAAAGUCUCAACCUUGACUGGGAGCCUGUGGAGGAUGAUGAAAGACAAAGAUUGGCAGAACAUUUACUUAAUGCCACCCCAGGUUUACGUCGGGUAGAUGAAGAGGCAUGGUACAAAGUGGACUGGGAGCGAGUACCCGAGCUCGUCGAGAGAAGAUCUGUGUUCUUGUAUAAAGGCAAGGCCUAUGUACCUGGGAGAGAGCAGUUGAGCAUGAUCAUUGCAGAGUUCACUGCCCGAUUGGAACGCGCGCUUGAGCUCACGAGUCGGGCACUGCCGCGGUUGGAUGAAGAUGAUCGUCUCACUCCAAUCUUGAACCAUUUGUCCAAGAACUUCGGAAGCGCCGAGUCAGUUUAUUCAGAAGGUGAAGGGUUUGUCGACGGUGCUGCAAUCACAGCCAACAACAUCGACCAGCUAUCUCAACAUUUCCCCCUAUGUAUGCGCAGUCUCCACAUGAACCUACGGAAAAACAACCAUCUCAAGCAUUAUGGCCGUCUCCAAUACACUCUGUUCCUCAAGGGUAUUGGUUUGUCACUCGAAGAAUGCAUCAUCUUCUGGCGCCAGUCGUUCAAGGGUUUCACGGAUGACGAGUUCAAUUCUCGAUACAAGUACAACAUCCGCCACGCUUAUGGUGAUGUAGGAGGCGAUGUCAACCGCCGGGGUCGAGGAUAUCCUCCUUAUUCAUGCCAGAAGAUUUUGGGCGAUUCAAACCCUGGAGUUGGACAAACUCAUGGAUGCCCUUAUCGCCACUACUCGGUCGACAACCUUAUUGGAUUGCUUCAGACCACAGGUGUUAAUGACAAGGAAGUUCUCCGUGGAGUGCGAGAAGAUGUCGAGAAAAUGCGGUAUCACAUCGCUUGCAACAGAGUCUUCGAAUCGACUCACAAGACCGAGAUCAAAAGAGUCAAGGAAGAUGGUUCAUGGAACCAGGUGGAUUUGGACACCAUCGUUCACCCUAACACUUACUUCAAGCGCAGUUUCUUGUUGAAGCAGACAGCCCGGGCGUCCAAGAGUUCUUAAAUAGCUUGCAUGGAAGUCCACGACGAUAUGUUUUUAUUGCGUUUGUCCUUUUUUUUUUGCGAAAUUUCAGUGCACAAGGCGUCGAAUUUGGUUCAUUGCGUUGGGAUACGGGACACGGGUUUUUCAGUACCUUUUAAUGUAGAUAUUACGGGCAGAAGUC